GGGGGAUACGCGGGGUUUAAGGAUGCGUGUGCGGGAGAUGCGCGGGGGACGCGCAGGGUUCAGGGAUGGGGGUGCGGGAGAUGCGCGGUGCGCGCCCCGUGACCGAGCAGGGUGCGCGGAUCGGGGGCGCGCCCGGUGGCGGUCCCUGUUCGGUCGGUCCCGGUUCGGUCGGUCCCCGCCGGUCCCGGGUUCAAUCGGUUCCGGGUUCGGUCGAUCCCGGGGCUCGGCCAGUCGGUCCCCGCCGGUUCCCGGGUUCGGUCGGUCCCGGUUCGGUUGAUUUCGAUUCGGUCGGUCCCGGGUUUGGGCUGUCUCUGGUUCGGGCGGUCCCGGUUCGCUCGGUCCCCCCGCUCCGGUUUCCUGCCGGACCGAGCUCCUUUUCCUCCCGCAGCUGUGGAACCAUGUCCGGCUUCCUGGAGAGCCUGCGCUGCUCCGAGUGCGCGGACUGGGGCGAGAAGCGCAACACCAUCGCCUCGGUGGCCGCGGGGGUGCUGUUUUUCACGGGCUGGUGGAUCAUCAUCGAUGCUGCUGUGAAAUACCCUCAAGUGGAAGAUUUCAACCAUUCCUACCACGCCUGUGGGGUCAUAGCCACCAUUGCAUUCCUGAUGAUCAACGCCGUGUCCAACGGGCAGGUGCGGGGGGACAGCUACAGCGAGGGCUGCCUGGGCCAGACAGGAGCUCGGAUCUGGCUCUUCAUUGGUUUCAUGAUGGCUUUUGGGUCCCUCAUUGCUUCCAUGUGGAUCCUUUUUGGGGGAUACGUGGUUAAAGAAAAACCAGUGGUGUACCCAGGAAUAGCUGUGUUUUUCCAGAAUGCAUUCAUCUUUUUUGGGGGCCUGGUGUUCAAGUUUGGUCGCACAGAGGAUUUGUGGCAGUGAACCCCCCCGGGCUUUACCUGCACCCCCCAGAGUUUUGUAAAACCAUUUUGUAAAACCUUCCAUCGUGUCUAAAGAGAAAUCAAGGACAGCUGAAAGCACUAAAUCCAGCUCUAUUCUGGUUAUUUUUUUUACUCUUGUACGUCCACUUGAGUGUUGUGGUGUUUUUGGGAAAUGUAAAAUUGCUACAAACAACGUGGAGUCACUUUUCUAAAAUGCUGUUUGUUACAAAUAAAAGGAGAGUGGAAUAUGGAUGUAUUUAACCAGCUGUUUCUAUGAUGUUAUUUACAAUCCAAGACUUACUAAAACUGCAUUAAAACAACCUUUGAACAGAUAUUUAUUAACUAUUUCCUAUAGCUGGGCAAUAUAACCAUUUCUUCAAUUGCAAAACUUGCUGGUGUGUGGCUUUUCUU